AUGGCCCGAGUCUGUCUCGAGGUCGAUUUCAGCGGUGUUUUCAGGGGAUUCACCGAACUCACUAUCACUCCCACUACAGACGCUCUCAAGACGGUCAACAUCCAUUCGAGGCAGGCGAAUAUCCACAGAGUCCUCGUCACCCCACCUCACGCUCACGCUGCCCCCGCUCACGCUGAUUUCACCCACUUCGACCCUCAGUCGAAUAUCGCCCUUAGCGAACGCCAUGGCAAAGACGGCAAGAUCGACGUACACCGCCAUCCCGAACUCAAGCGUAAAGUCUAUUCUGCCCUUUCUGAAGGCGAUGAAGGCGAGCUGAGUAUUGUCCUCCCGCCUCGUUGUAUCUCGCGUGGCGUAGGCGAUCAGGUUUCCCUACUUCCUGAUGAGCCUUCUGCUCAAGAUAAGGAGAAGCGGAUUGACGAGACAGACGUUGAGAAAGAUAAUAACGAUAAAGAGCAAGCAGAGAAAGAUGCAGGCCACGCAGAGAAUGGUACAGAGCAAUCAGUGCAUAAAGACGAGCAAGCAGAGCACAUGGAUGACAAAGAGAAGGAUAAAGAGAACCACAACCAAGAAAAGCACGACGAGAAUGAGAAAGAGAAGCAAAAGCAAAGCGAGAAAGAAAAAGAGAAAGAAAAGGAGAAGGAAAGCAAGGAGGCUGCUAACAACUCUCAAGACUUCGCCCCUCUCACCAUCUUCGUUGAGUUUUCUAUCACUCAUCCAUUCGAAGGCCUACAAGUCGUCAAGCCAACAGAAACUUCCCCUUAUCGCAUCCCUCACAUUUACACCUCUCCUACAUGCCCCGAUGCUGCCCGCUGUUGGGUCCCCUGUAUUGACAGUCUUUGGGAGAGAUGUACGUGGGAAUUGGAAUAUAUCACUCCACGCUUUUUAAGUGCUGUUGGCGAGGAUGGCGUUGAAGGUGAACAAGAUGAGCCUGUCGUUGUCGUCUCUUCAGGUGAUUUAGUCGAACAAGUCGCUCAUCCAUCGAUAUCCUCCAAGACUAUCUUCCACUUUGCUCAAUCUCUACCCACUUCCGUACAGCAUAUUGCUUUUGCAGCUGGUCCUUUCAACGUCCUACCAAUACCGCAUACUUCUAGCACCACCCAAUCCACUUCCCUACACGCUUUUGGUCCACCUGGUUCUGCUAAAGAGUUGGCCGCCUCCGUAGCUAUAGUUCCACGUGCUCUUCAUUUCUACAGCUCAGAGCAUGGUAUGUACCCAUUUUCUUCCUUCAAAGUCGUUUUCGUGCAUGAUCCUCCGGUAGACGUCACUGUGUAUUCUACUGUCGUUAUCAUGUCUCUAGAUCUUCUGCACCCUGCAUCUGCUAUCGAACAGACGUUGGAUACUCGCCAUAAAAUAUCACACGCUCUUGCCACUCAAUGGUCUGGUAUUAAUAUCAUGCCAAGAUCUUGGUCUGAUAUGUGGCUAGUUCAAGGCUUAGCUAGCUAUAUUGCAAAUCUUUUUUUGAAGAAAUCUAUGGGUAACAAUGAGUAUUUCUUUAGAAUGAAGAAGGAUAUGGAUCGUUUAGCAAUGAAUGAUACGGGCCAACUACCACCACUUAGCGUACCAAAUGCGCUUGAACCACCAAAUGAUAACGACGCACCAUUUUUACUCUUGAAAGCACCACUUGUCUUGCACAUUCUCGAUAGAAAGCUAUCUAAAUCUGGUACAGCUCAUGGAUUGUCUAGAGUUCUGCCAAAAAUCUUCCUGGGCGCGCUUUCUGGUGACGUUAUUAUAUCAACAAAUGGAUUCUUGAGGACUUGCAGAAAAGUUGCCGGAGUUGAUUUAAGAACGUUUGCUGAUCAAUGGAUUUUUGGAUCUGGUACACCUAGAUUCAUGAUUGGAGCCAAUUUUAACAGAAAGAAAAUGUGCGUUGAAAUGACAGUAAAGCAAGAAUCACCAGCAUAUGACGCACAUACACCCGAUACACCUGAAAUUCAUUUUAACAGGCCAACCCAAGUUUUUGAAGGUCAGAUGACUGUUAGAAUUCACGAAGCUGAUGGUACACCAUAUGAGCAUGUUUUGGAUAUAAAGGAACCCAACAAGAGAUUCGAUGUGCCUUUCAACACGAAAUAUAAGCGUGUUAGAAGGAACACAAAGCGUUAUCAAGCUAGACAAGCUGCUGCUGCUGCUGCUGCCCAAGGUGAUGAAGAGGCUGCUGAGGCUAUUGGUAUGAUAGAUUUGGGUUUCCAGCUCAACGAUUGGGAACAGGAAUCGGAGAGAGACAGAUGGAAGGUAGAAGAUUGGACCGAGGAUGAUGAAGCUGCUAUGUCACAAGCAACGUACGAGUGGAUCAGAGUUGAUGCAGACUUUGAAUGGAUCUCCAUGAUUACUUUUGAGCAACCUGAUUUCAUGUGGGUGUCCCAACUACAGCGUGAUAGAGAUGUUGUUGCUCAGUUGGAAGCUGUCCACGCGCUCAAGUCUAUUCCUUCCAAACUGGUUUCCACUCAACUAACCAGGACUGUUCUGGUCACCAAUUACUUCUUUAGAAUUAGAAUGGAAGCUGCUAUGGUGCUGCAUACCUGUGCAACUCCUGAAUUGGAUUAUGUUGGAAUGUUCCACCUCUUUAAGAUAUUCCAGUCAAGAUUCUGCUAUCCACCUCCGCAAGAAAUUAUGGAUCCUUUUGGUUUCAAGUGUAUACCGCUGGCUAACAACUUUGACGACCUCAGCGAAUAUUUCGUUCGUAAGGCUGUCAUCGUUUCUUUAACUUCUAUCAGAGAUCAAACGAGUAGAUCUAUGCUGAACAUUAGAGAGUUCCUCGUCGAUCAGCUCAAAUACAAUGACAAUUCGACAAAUAGAUACUCAGACAGCUAUUACCUAUCUGGUAUCAUCAACUGCUUGGCUAUCGCACUAGUGCCGACGGUUCAGCAUGAGGCCAGCGUACUUCAACAGGACGAGGAUCCGGAUGCAGAUGACCAUCCAUUUGGUCCCCUCAUUCGACGUGCUGCUGUCGAAGAGGUUGAGAGGUAUAGAACCAUGGAUAGACUCGUACCAUCUUAUCAGAACGUUAUAUCCGUAGCUACCCUUGAAUUCAACGUCAAACUAAUGAUUGCCGGUAUACUACCAUACAACGCACCUUUGUUUAUUCCUUAUACAAGAGAGGGUAACUAUCCUCCUUUAAGGAUAGUCGCUUUCGAUUGCUUGAUGCUGCUCGGUUCUCUCCGCCAUCGACCAAUUAUUCAAUAUUUCUCAACAAUACUUGGAUACGAUGAAUCAAGAGUAGUCAGAAGGUCGCUUGCCCAAUCGAUGAUCGAAUCGCUGAUUGUUCUCAUGGCCACUGGGGAAUUGGCUGCUAUUCAGAAGAAGGAACCGCAAUUCAUUGAAGAAGAUGCUAAGCUGAGCGAAGCGAAAGAGAAAGAUUCUAGUAAGAGCGAAUUGGAUCGGCAGUUGAAGGGGCUUCGAAAGGAUGUCGGAAAAAUUGCUAGUUUGAGAAUGGGUAUCAUGGCUGUGUUGCUAUCCCCUCAAGUCGAUUACCACGUUAGAUGGACGCUGCUACAGCUCUGUGAUGUUCUAUACAAAGGCAAUGCUGAGCCGUUACCUAAAGUUAAAUUCAAGUUACCUGCCCCAGCACCUCAUCAGCCAGCAGAGCCAGCAUCUGCAAUGCCGAUGAAGAUCAAGCUCAAGGCGCCGACGUCACAACCAGCGCAGCCUGUACCAGUCAGUAUGGAUCCCGUUGUGCCGGUUCGUAUGGAAGAUGAGACACCUGAGCCUGAAGUACCAGAGAUGAAUGGUACAGCAAACGGACACGUUACUGAACCUGUUGGUGGAGGUGGAUUGAAUGUUUCGCUUAGAAAGAAGAAAGACAAAGCUGUUCCUCAAGCUCAAAGGAAUGGUAUGGCUAGUCAAGACGUCACUGCUUGUAGAGCUCUUCACAAGCGCUUACAAUCACACAAGUUGGCAGGGUGGUUCUUAUAUCCAGUUGACCCAGUCAGAGACGGUGCGCCUGAUUACUUUUCGGUGAUUAAAACGCCAAUGGACAUUGGAACCAUGGGAGCUAAGUUGGAUGGUGGACACUACGCCAACAGGUUCGAAUAUGAAGCUGAUUUUAAGUUGAUCGUUCAAAAUGCAACGACUUACAAUGGUCCAUCGUCACCAGUGCACAAGACCGCGCUGGAGCUAGAUGCAGUCUUCGAUAAGCAAUGGCAGCGAAUGACGAACACGCUCAAUGCCGCUACAGGACGUAAGCCUACUGUGCAAGUCAAUGAUAAGAUGACAAGUCCUCCGACGGGGCCAGAACCAGCACCAGCACUAGAACCAGAACCAGAACCAGAACCGGCUGCGGCAAUUUCUUCGCCAUCUAAACCAAGUCCACCUCCAGCACAACCAGCCAAGCCUAGGCUUUCUCUUAAGCUGAAACCGCCUAAGCCUGUUGAUAGUAAUGGCGAUAAGGAAAAGCAACCUGAAGCUAAUGGGGUGGUGGAUACAGCGGCAGCACCGCAAACUGCUCAAUCAGAUGCGCCUGAACCAGAAUCAACCGCAGAAAAAAUCCAGACUGACGCUACACCAGCUGACACACAGCCUGUUGCAGCACCAAGUAUGCAAGAAUCUCAAUCUCAACCUAUUCCUGAAGCUCCGGUCACGGUAUCAGAGGCACCAGAAGAACCUAUGGAAAAAGCACAGUCAGUUCCAGCUCAACAGAGUCUACCAGAAGAAAAUGAACCUACGUCUACGCCUGCGCCUGUUCCAGCUCCUACUUCUGCUCCAGUGCAGAAUGGCAACGAAGACGCACUCGAUGAUGAGCUUCUGGCUCUGUCAGAUAACAAACCAGUGCAAAAAAUGCCUCCACCUCCCAAAGCAUCUUCAAGCACUCCUUCAAAGCUACCGGACGGUCAUCUUGAUAACAGAAAAGCCAAGAUUUUGAUUAGAAAACUGAUGAGCAUGCCUGAGGCCGCAAUAUUCUUACAGCCAGUCGACCCCAUAUUGCAUGGUUGUCCAACGUAUCUGGAUGAGAUCAAGCAUCCGAUGGACUUCUCUACAAUAAACAGGAAGUUGGACGAGAAAAAGUACGAGAAUGGCGAUCAAUUCAUCGGAGAUAUAGAACAAAUAUUUAAGAAUUGCAGACAAUUCAAUGGUCCUGGUGAGACAAGUAUGUUGACUGCGCAGACUUGCGACCCAGUGGAGAGAGCUUUGAGGAAAGAGUGGAAGAUACUAAUGACGCCGAAGAUCCCGCACAAUGAAAAGAGGAGCUUGCUAUCGAUGAUGAAAGUAUGGUACAAGAAUGAGCAUGCUUUCUGGUUCUUACAGCCGGUUGAUCCAAUUGCAUUGGGUAUUCCAAAUUAUAACGAAGUAAUACCUAAAGAGAACAUGAGAGAUCUGUCUUUGAUACAGACGAAACUGGAAAAAGAUCAAUAUCCGUCGGUGGAUGCGUUUGAGGGUGAUAUAAAGUUAAUGACGCACAACGCAAUACUUUACAAUGGAGCAGAUGCGCCUGUUUCAUUAUCAGCCAAGGCAUUGGAGAAGAUGGCAGUGAGCAAUCUGAAUGACUUUAGGAAUAGAUACAACACGAUGAGUCCUCAGCCUUCGCAUAAGCGAGCUUCAUCGAGUAUUUCAGAUACACGCAGCAACAAAAAGAGUAGAAACAAUUAA